AUGCUUCAGUUCGCGGUUUCUUUGGAAGGGAACGACAGUGCUGCUGACUUCCGCAUUGUGGAGUACGAGAAUGGGAAAUUGAACAUAAAGAAGAUGUAUAUCCAGCCAAACCAUGCUACGGGAGGUCAAACCACUGUACUAUGCUACUUACGGCCGAGAGGCCAAUGGUCCUAUGAUCCUGUCGAUAGCAAGCGAGAGACAUUUUUCGAUCACUCUGACUACUUGCUGAUCAGUCAUGGACAUGGCUUUAUUGCUGUACAUGACAAAGUAUCGUCCAAGAUAGCGGGCAAGGAAGUUUUACGGGCUAGCUGGUAUCUAUCGUGCGGAACUUCACCUGGGAAUGCCGACGUACAGUCGCGUAUAAUCUCGAUGGAGUAUCAAGACGGAAUUUUGUACUGCUUGAUGGACAACAGCACGGUGUGCCUUUUCAUUUUGAACCUGCCUCCAGGUUAUGUGAAAACGGACGAUAUCAUUUCCAGCCAAGGUGCAGAAAAGUGGGAACACUGGCAACACUUUGCUCGACCAAACCCCGAAGAUCUUACCGAAGAAAAUCGCCAGUUCUUCAAAGAAGUGUCCUACAUCGGAAGAGAUGCAUCGACCCAUAUAUUCAGCUUUCUAGCUCCAGCACACUGGUGUUAUCGCCAACUACUUCAUGAUCGCUACGGGGGUGAAGAGGGCGUCGCUUGCUUCCAGCCUUCCUUCACAGUGGAUCUUGCAGAGGGGGUCGGGAAACUUCGUAUAAAUCCCAUAGACCCUUUGAGCUUCAUAGUUGCUGAGUCUGGUACCCAACUUACGAUCCAAAGAAUUAUCAUUAGCCGCAGCUUCCUUCUCUAUCUAAGUAUUCUGAAGGCAAUAAUAGAGGAUCGAGCAUCGACCAGAGAAGCCGAUCUCUGGUGUUUGUGCAGCAUGGAAGAGAACGAAGAGUUAAAAAUCGUUAGUGAACCUGACCACCUGCAUUACAUACUUGACGAGCUAUAUUACGACUCGGGGGGCCCAAUGAGCAAUGGCGAGGCGCAAAGGUGGGAUCUUCGACAGAGGGGCGGGGUUCCUAAACUUCUAAGUGUACAAUGUUGGCGCCAAAAACGACAACUCCAGUCGGAAGUUCAAGCAAACAUGUUGCUUUCGUCGGCAGAUCAAAUUCUCUACUGUCCAGAUCGUCCUGUUCUCAAGAGAAGGCGGGCUAUCAAAGUUAAGCAAAGGCAGCGGCGCGUUGGUAAACUCCAGCACAAUCUCGCAAAAUCUACGGCGGAGCGCUUUAUCAAAAACAUAAAAUUUCCUAAACAUUCGAGUUGCCGGGGUAGACAUCAGGCUUUGGCCAUCGACAAGACCGUGGUAGAUUUUCGAGUUGCACACUCGAAAACUAAGCGGCUCAACAUGAUAAGCGAUGUAAGCCGGCCAUUGCCUUUUCUGUCAGAUUUCUACCCUAAUUUAAGCAUUAUGUCAAUCGACAGGCGUCUUACCCUUGAGGGUUUUCGUCCAAGCUUUAGUCAGAGGCCAUUCCUUCAGUAUGAUGCAACCGCCAACAAGGCCUUUCGAUACGUGCACAACUCGCUCACAAAAGGCUCUGAAUACCUAUCUUGCAGUAACCCAUUGGAACGACUGUAUGUGCUCAAUGAAAAUUUGAGUCUUCUUUUGAAUCCAAAUGGUUUGCUGCUUUUUAUCUUGCCUCCAACACAAACCGGUUACAGUGAUAAGGUUUGGCUACUUUCCAAGAAGGUCCUACCAUUUUCACUUGGAAUAAUUCACAAUGCUGUUUUGAUUUUGAAGUAUAUUAAAUCUUGCACAGGUUGUAAAAAAUGCCGAGGUGACACUUCUGUUGAACUUGAAAUCGUUGCCAGUUCGACGGACCAGAUCUUCCUUCUUGGUGUGCGUUUCAAACUGCAUAGUAAUAUCGGUUCUGUCACAUUACUGGAUUGCUUGAGUUUGACUUUACAAGAAAGAGCAUUGGGCAGUAUAACCUUCAUGGGCUCCUCCGAUGCAACUCAAAUGUUGCCCAUUUGA